AUUGGCCACAUCAUACUGAGUUAAGAGAACAAGAAAGUUAGAAGUGAACAGCAUCACCAUGGCUUCUAUGGCAACCUUAGCACCAGCUGCUGCUGCAAUCAAUGGCCUUGCUGGAAGUUCCCUUAAUGGAACUAAGCUUUCUUUCAAGUCUUCUCGCCAGAGUUUCAGAUCCAAGAACUUCAGGAGUGGUGCUGUGGUUGCAAAAUAUGGUGACAAGAGUGUGUACUUUGAUUUGGAGGAUCUUGGUAACACUACAGGGCAGUGGGACUUGUAUGGUUCAGAUGCACCUUCACCCUACAACCCUCUUCAGAGCAAGUUCUUUGAGACAUUUGCUGCUCCAUUCACAAAGAGGGGAUUGUUACUCAAGUUUCUGAUAUUAGGAGGUGGUUCCACCCUUGCAUACUACAGUGCCACAGCUUCAGGUGACAUUCUACCAAUCAAGAAGGGUCCACAACUUCCACCAAAGCUUGGUCCACGUGGCAAGAUCUAAUUAGUAUCACAAUUCCAUCUCCUGAGUUCCUCUCUUUUCAUUAUGUGUAAUUAUGCUUUCAGCCUACUAAUUCAAAGAUGUUUAUUUUCAGUAUAAUUGAGUGGCAUUGCUUUGAUUUUCAA